CACCAACACGUGACCAUGCCAAGCUCCUCUUCCUCCUCCAACCCCUUCCACUCCCUCACCUUCAACCUCCCCUUCCCCCCCGCCCCCUCCUCUUGCUCCACCUCGGCCUCUUCGCCUCCGGCUCCGGCUCCUCACCUCGCCUUCCCGCUCCUCCUCCCCGUCUCCUCGGCCUCAACCACCUCUUCCUACUCCCCUGCGUCCCAUCUCAUCCCCCAGCCGCAGCGGCUCCCGGGCGAGCGGAUGGCCGGCCCUGCCGCGGCGAGCGGCGGGAAGGGGGUAUCAGCGGGUAAGAGCCCCGGGGGCCCCGCGUUCGUGGGCCAGGUGUUCACCAUGCUCGACCCCUCCGGGAACGGCCUCAUGGCCGUCACCUCACGCUUCGACCUCCCGCACUUCAUCGCCCACAGGACUCCUACGUGGUUCAAAAGGAUAUUAUCACCAUUGAAGAAGAGUGAAAGCAGUCCAGUGUUUAGAUUUUUCAUGGAUUUAAAUGAUUCAGUAUCCUAUGUUAAACGGCUAAAUGUCCCAAGUGGCAUGGUGGGGGCCUGUCGCCUUGAUGUGGCAUACGAACAUUUCAAGGAAAAGCCCCACAUGUUCCAGUUUGUUCCAAAUGAAAAACAGGUCAAGGCUGCUAAUAAGCUCUUAAAGUCAAUUCCACAAAAGAGCAGACGAAAAAAACUAGCUGGUGUUCCUGUUUUUAGCGCUCAAAAUUUAAAUAUUGCAGUGGCAACAGAUGAUGGAAUUAGAUGGUAUUCACCUUACUUUUUUGAUAAAAACUUGCUGGACAAUAUUCUUGAAGCUUCAAUGGAUCAGCAUUUUCAUUCAAUAAUUCAAAAUCGCCAUAUACGACGUAGGAGAGAUAUUGUUGAUGAUAGUUUAACAUCAGAAAUACUUGAAGAAAGUGCAGACAGCUUGCUUGAGCCCCCAGAGGUUCAAGAAUUGAUGAAUGAGAUUGGUCCUGCUGGAAUACCAUUAAGUGUUGUAACCAAAGCUGCGGAGAUUCAGCUUCUUGAUGUCGUUGAUAAACUACUUCUAGGAAAUAAGUGGCUCAGAAAAGCUACUGGAAUACAACCACGUUUUCCUUAUGUUGUUGACUCAUUUGAAGAAAGGACUGCUCUUUCAGUUGACAGGACUGCUACCUCCAGUAAUAGUUGUACUGCUUCUAAGGAUGCUGACUUCUUCACAAAUGAUCAGCAAUCUCAAGCUUUGGAGCCAAAUGUUGAUAGCGGCAACCACAGGAAACACAAUAGCCGAGAUCAUGGCCAAUCCCACUUCCCAUUUAGCAAUCUGCUUCCCAAUAUAUGGCCUGGGCAUGAUAGAAAGUUCAAAGCGCAAGAACAUGACAACAGAUUCAAAAGAUAUGGUGCCAGCAUGGACAAUGAUCUACAAGCAAACCCUCUUCUGCCCAAAAUCACUAUGGUUGGCAUCUCAAUGAGUGAAGGUGGCCAGAUGAGCAAAGCCAACUUAAAGAAAACAAUGGAGGAGUUGACGAAAGAGUUGGAGCAAGCAGGUGAAAAAACAGUCUUCAGCGACGAGAAAGACCCAUUGUUUGUUGCUAACGUUGGUGAUUACUCAAGAAUUACAAAGAUUAGCUCCACAUGAGAUUCGUUUUUGCUGAACAGAAGCAUCAAGAUUUUCUAAUUUACAUUAUCGCCUACUCAUCCAGUUGACUCUGCAUACUGUGCAUACUUGAUUUCUAACAAAUCACCUGAACAUGUCAAUAUACUGACCUCAAAGGGCCAUACCGCCGCAACAGGCAGGAGCCAGGAGGUCUUGUAUCUAUAUUUGUCAGAUUAUGUGCAAAAUCGACUGUCCACAUUCGGCGUGGAGUUGAUCUCCUAGAUGGUACAAGCAUGGUUUGCAAGAUGUUACUAUUUUUCAGAAUUUUACAGAAGACUGUAGAUUGAUGCUUGUUGGCAUAUAUAUACAGGAUGUUUGUCGCCAUUGUAUGUAGAAUAGGCUGUAAGGAAUAAGGAAGUUUGUUGAUCUAUGCAACGAUGUUUGCAGAGAUGUAUGUAUGUAUACUGCACUGCAAUAAGGAAGUAGGUAAUUUGAAUUUGUCAUGAAUUUGAUGGUGUAACUAGUUAGCCUGAAGGUGAAAGAACAUAUAUGGGUUGUAACUCCUUAUGAUUAGUUAUGUUCUUGGCGACAUACUAUGUGAAAACUUCCAUUCA